AUGGAAUCUUCAGAUGUCCCUGGUAUUUCACUUGUACCAGUUCCUUUCUCUGAGACGAAUUUUGGGAGUUGGAAAAGGAGUAGCAUUGUUUCUUUGUCUGCUAGGAACAAAGUUGCGUUUGUUGAUGGUAGUUUGCCUAAACCUCCUGAUAAUUCUAUCGAGUCUAAGCAGUGGGACAGAUGUAAUAACAUGGUAAUUUCAUGGUUAACAAGUUCUUUAUCUCCUGAUAUUGCGGAUAGUGUCCAGUAUUCUGAAACAACUGAAGAAAUAUGGAGAUACUUAAAUAAAAGAUAUGAGAUUGUAAGUGGAACUAAAGACUUUGAAAUUAAGACAGAGCUUGCCUCUACUAUCAAGGAAGGUAUUCUCAAAGAGGAGGAGGAGGAUAGACUUCAUCAGUUUCUCAUGGGACUGAAUGCAGUCUAUGUUAGUGUCAGGAGCAACUUGCUCAUGAUGCAACCACCUCCAACACAAGACAGUGCAUAUAACAUUCUUCUUCAAGAUGAAAGGCAGAGGCAGAUCAAUUCCAAUUCUCAAUUUGGUCCUAAUUCAGCUGCCUUCACUGCCAAAAUCAACCAUCAGUCUAGUCCCAACACAAAUUAUAAGCCUCCUUGUUCCAACACUCAGAGACAAUAUGUCCAAAAAGUGAACUUUGAUCAAGCCAAAGGGAAUAUAUUCUGCAGAUAUUGGCCCUUCUCUGAAGAUGCCUCUGGAUCUUGGGAUCUACUCACUUAUGGAUUAAGCUAUUGUUUGAACUUUGAAGUUGCAGAAAUUCAAGCACUGUUAGGCGUUAGCUGCAGGCCAAACAUUUCUGUGUAG